AUGAAAUAUCCUUCUGAAGGUUCUGAAGGAUUUCAUAAAUUUUUUACUGAAGUUUAUGAUACAAUUAGCGAAAAGGGUCAUUUUGACAUUAAGAGCACUUACGAAAUUUUAAGAGCUCAAUCGACAAAACUCAAGAUUCUACGUGAACAAAAGUUAAAGUUACUUCAUUUGAUUGAUGACUUUGAAUUCUUCGAUAUCCUUGAUGAAUCUGAUGAAAUCCUAUGUCAUGGAAAAGAAUUAAAUUACACAUUGGAAUCAGCUAAACCCUUAGAUGGUGGUCAAAUUCGUUGGGAAAUUCCAUUUUUACUUUUUAAGACAAUUUUUGCUGAAAAUAAAUUCGAUGAGAGUCUGAAAACUGCUUCACAAAGAGAUGAUUGUCCUAUUAUUUUUCAAGAAAACUACAAACCAAUAAGUGGAAUUGGAGGAGGAAGUCCACUUACACGCUUUGUCAAAUAUGAAUAUUUUGUACAAAAAAUUAUGCCAUAUCUUAGUCAAAAGCUUUGUGAACUAUUACUCUCAAGAUUUCGUCAAAAAAUAACUAACAUAAUUGAUGAGAAAGGUGAAAAUUAUGGAAGUUAUGAGGAUUUUAUCCAAGGAAAAUGUUUCGAGAAGGAAGAUAAAAUAAUUAAAUUGCUGAAAGCAAAAAGUCAAGAUAUGUUGAAUAGUUUUUUAUUAGCAAAAGCUUGGUUACAUCAUGAGAUACUUUGUCAUGUCAUGAGUUAUCGUUAUAGAGUUGAAUAUGGAUUGUCUGAAAAGAGAGAAAAAGAAAUCGUUAUUUCAUUUCGAGGUAAAGAUUUACCAUCUGAAAAUUCAGAGUUUAGUCGUCCUGAUAUUAUGAUUGGUUUUACAAUCCUUAGUUAUUUGUAUCGAGGAUUAGAUUUCAAACAAGUAAAACACGGACUACUCAAGUUAAAAAAUGAUCCUAAACAAAAUAGAGAUAGUUUAUUACAAAAAUGGGUUCAAGAAAAUAAAAAGUGGAUUGACGAAAUAAUUGAAGAAAAAGAAGAAUUUCCAGAAUGGUUAAUCCUUCGAUUACCGUGCGAGAAAAAUUCCUUGGAUUACCAUGCAAGGACAUUCUUGUCCAUAACUAUAAGUCAUUAAAACUUAACUUUGUUCAGCUUUAUCAUUUAUUUUUUUUGUUAAUCUGAUACAUCAGAUUUCUCACCGCACACUUCACAAACAAUCUUUGCAUGACUAUGCAUUUUACACACAUAAAUUCCGCACUCACAGCAUUUGGUGCUAAUCCUACUAGCUUUUUGUUUACUUGCGUAAUCAAAAGCUUUAUCGUAACAAAUUUUGCACCGACCACGAUUUGUGGUAACUGACUGAGAUGUUGCUAUUGUUGUUGUUCUUGGUGUUGAUGAAUCUGUAGAUGUCUUCGGACACAGAAUACUCUUUAUUCCCAAGACAACAUCCUUGUGCAAAUUUGAUGUGUCUCUUUGCGAAACGUAAGGCUUGACCAAAGAAAGAGCUAGCUCCCUCAGAAAAAGUUUCCUCCGGUUUAAAUGGUUUCUCUCCCAAUCAGGAAAGCAUUCAAUAAAAAGUGUAAAGGCAUUAACACCAAUUAUAUCAAGUAACGUGUAAAAUAUAGACACUGGCCAUCUGAAAGAAGCUCUUUUAGUAGGAUUGUCGUGU